CACACUGCACUGUGGCCCGGGCCCCAGCGAUGGCACAGCGGCCGAGCGCGGCGGCACCGCUCCGGGCGCCACUUCUCUGCUGGACUUGUUCCUACUUCUUCUGUCUGCUCUGCUGGAAGCCGCAGGAGUGUCAGGGAGCCGCCGGACAUAACCAAGUUAAUUUACUAGACUCCAGAGCUGUAAUGGGAGAUCUGGGAUGGAUCGCUUAUCCAAAGAAUGGGUGGGAAGAAAUCAGUGAGGUUGAUGAGAAUUACACUCCAAUACACACAUACCAAGUGUGUAAUGUAAUGGAGCAAAAUCAGAAUAACUGGCUGCAAACUAACUGGAUCUCCAAUGAGGGGGCCCGCCGUAUAUUCAUUGAGCUAAAAUUUACACUACGAGAUUGCAACAGUCUUCCGGGAGGUCUUGGAACCUGUAAAGAGACUUUUAAUGUAUAUCAUUUUGAAUCCAAUGAUGAAGAUGGGAGGAAUAUCAGAGAAAACCAGUACAUUAAAAUUGAUACAAUAGCAGCAGAUGAAAGUUUUACAGAGCUUGACCUUGGAGAUCGAGUCAUGAAGUUAAACACGGAAGUGCGAGAUGUCGGCCCACUUUCUAAAAAGGGAUUCUAUCUAGCCUUUCAAGAUGUUGGUGCCUGUAUUGCUCUGGUCUCUGUACGAGUGUACUACAAGAAGUGCCCAUCUACAUUCCACAACCUUGCUUUCUUUGAAGACACGAUCACAGGGGCUGAUUCAUCCUCACUGGUUGAAGUGCAAGGCACGUGUGUCAAUGACUCCAUGAAAGAUGACUCUCCAAAAAUGUACUGCAGCGCUGAUGGAGAAUGGUUGGUCCCGAUUGGGAAGUGCAUGUGCAAAGAAGGCUAUGAAGAGCAAGGUAACAAAUGUCAAGUUUGUCAACCAGGAUUCUUUAAGGCCUCACCUUACAGCCUGUCCUGCAGCAAGUGUCCUCCCUACAGUUAUACAUAUGACAAAGGAUCAAUUUCCUGUCAUUGUAUGGAAAACUACUUUCGAAGAGAUAAUGAUCCUCCUUCAAUGGCUUGCACAAGACCCCCCUCACCCCCACAGAAUGUCAUCUCUAACAUCAACAAUACCAGUGUGAUUCUGGACUGGAGUCCUCCUGCUGAUGGUGGAGGACGAAAAGAUGUGACAUACCUCGUGAUUUGCAAGAGGUGCAGCGUGGAUUUGAUCCGCUGUGAGGAGUGCGGUAGCGGUGUCAGGUAUAUCCCACAGGAGGCUGGCCUCAGGAACACCACGGUCAUGGUGGUGGAUCUCCUGGCUCACACCAAUUACACCUUCGAGAUUGAGGCAGUGAACGGAGUGUCGGAGCUGAGUUCCAUCCCUCGACAAUUUGUGUCUGUAAAUGUCACGACGAAUCAAGCAGCACCUUCACCAAUUACCGUUGCGAAAAAGAAAAUGGUCACAAAAAAUAGCAUCUCCUUGUCCUGGCAGGAACCAAAUCGACCAAAUGGCAUCAUACUGGAGUAUGAGAUCAAGUAUUUUGAAAAGGCCCAGGAGUCCAGCUACACUAUCAUUAAAUCCAAAGAGACUGAGAUUGCUGUUGAUGGCCUGAAACCCACCACGGCAUACAUCUUCCAGAUACGUGCUCGCACAGCAGCAGGUUACGGGGGCUACAGCCGUAAAUUUGAAUUUGAAACCGGUCCAGUCUCCUUACCUGCCAGUGCUCAGAGUCAGGUGCCAAUCAUUGCAGUCUCCGUGGCAGUGGGUAUGAUCCUAUUGGCAGUGGUGUCUGGCCUGUUACUUAGUGGAAGGCGGUGUGGAUACAGUAAAGCUAAACAGGAUCCAGAUGAAGACAAGAUGCAUUUUCACAAUGGUCACAUUAAAUUGCCAGGUAUACGAACAUAUAUUGAUCCUCAUACCUACGAAGACCCAAGCCAAGCUGUUCAUGAGUUUGCCAAGGAAAUCGAUGCAUCCUGCAUUACCAUUGAAAGAGUCAUUGGUGCAGGUGAGUUUGGUGAAGUGUGCAGUGGCCGUUUGAAGUUACCUGGAAAAAGAGAAUUCCCAGUUGCUAUUAAAACUCUAAAAGCUGGUUAUACAGAGAAACAACGCAGGGAUUUCCUUGGUGAAGCAAGUAUAAUGGGGCAAUUUGACCAUCCCAACAUCAUCCACCUUGAAGGGGUGGUCACUAAAAGUAAACCAGUAAUGAUAGUGACUGAAUAUAUGGAGAAUGGCUCCCUUGAUACUUUUUUAAAGAAAAAUGAUGGCCAAUUUACAGUCAUUCAACUAGUGGGAAUGCUGAGAGGAAUCGCUUCGGGAAUGAGGUACCUUUCAGACAUGGGUUAUGUCCACCGUGAUCUGGCUGCUCGAAAUAUCUUAGUCAACAGUAACCUGGUCAGUAAGGUUUCUGACUUUGGCCUUUCCCGGGUACUUGAAGAUGACCCAGAAGCUGCUUAUACAACAAGGACCACCCCAAUGUGCUCUGCAGCAGACACUCUGUACAGCCUUGCCUUCAGGGAAGCUAUGGCUUCUCUGCCGUCGCUUGAACAAGUCCCCAUCAUUGAUGCUGCUUCUAUAGGAUCUAACUUGCUGGUGGAGCAUAAUACAGGGGGCUUCAGCGUCUACCAAUCUGUGGGAGAGUGGCUCGAGUCCCUUAAGAUGGGUCGGUACACAGAAAAUUUCAAUGAGUGUGGAUACACCUCUUUGGAUAUUGUGACAAAAUUAACCUUGGAAGAUUUGAAGAGAAUUGGUGUGGGUCUUGCUGGCCACCAAAAGAAGAUCAUGAACAGUAUUCAGGAGCUGCGAGUCCAGUUUAUGAAUGGCGUGAUGCCUGUGUGACUCUAUUCCAAAUCGCUUGAGCUGUCACUAGCCAUUCAGCACUUUUAUUUUUUCCUGAUUUGGGACUUGUAUUUAUU